AUGCCCAAUUCAUGUCAAGAGCUUCGCGACGCGCUCGCCCAGUGCCUCCAAGAGUCCGACUGCGUCAUGGUCCAGCGCAACCGCGCCGCCGACUGCCUGCGCGAGCCGCUCUCCGCCACGCUCCCGACGCGCUGCCAGCAGCUCAAGAAGGGCUACGGCGACUGCAAGCGCGGCAUGGUCGACAUGCGCAAGCGCUUCCGCGGCAACAUGCCCGCCACCUACAAGAGCGAGUCCAGCAACGGCCCGCGCGCCGACGACAAGGGGUACCAGCUGUACGCGGGCGGGUCGGCGUUUGGCGGCGCGGUCAAGGAGACGAGCGGCAACGAGCCGGUCGCGCCGGACUGGAGGGACGUGGAGAACGAGAGGUACAGGGUGGAGCAGGCGGCGCUGGCGGCGGCGAACCAGCAAAAGUGA